ACACCAGCCAGACCCAAUAUAUUCUUACGCAAGUUCAAGAAGGAACCUGGUAUUGAUGUGUUGAAUGAAUAUGAAAAAAUAGCGCACAAAGUGUGUGAUGACCUUUUUAAAAAGAGGGGAGAUUUUCAUGUAACAUUGCUAUUUAUCCCUAUUUACUACAUGAGUGAAGCAAUGUACCUAAAUAGUCUGUUUGGUCCUUCAAACAUUCACAAAUCACUCUAUAGUGCAAUCUGGUCAGGGCAAGAUGAGCAUGUUGUAGCAACUACAAUAGAGGAAUUAAAAAAAGAGAAUCCAAACAUAAGACUCGUCUUGACAACAUCAAUAUUGGGGAUGGGAUUUGACCCAAGCAAUGUAACUCAGGUGAUUCAUGCUUCCCCACCUAGAAAUGUUUCACAGUACUUACAAGAGAUUGGACGUGCUGGUAGACGAGGACAAACUGCGAGUGCUACGUUGUAUUACAACAAUCGUGAUAUUGCGAAAGAUUUACCAGGA